AUGUCAGGUGCGCGACAGCUUCUUCCGGGCGACUUCGACCCCGGUGAUGUCCUGAAGAUUGAGAACGGCAAGUUCGACCAGACGUACCAACUCCAGAUUCCGUACCCCGAGUACACGAAGUACGAGCACAUGGCUUUGCAGCAGGAGGCUCUGACCCAGCACCGCUAUGCAAAGGACAAAGUUGAUUUGCAGCGGCACUGCCUGGCAAAGCUUCCCUCCGUCCAGUACGUCAAGAAACACCUGCCCACGUUCAUGACCAAGAUGGAACAGUGGCAGCGCGAGAAUACUUGCGACACCACCUGUGGGGACAUCGUUAUGGAGAUGCCAGUGCACCCUGGCGGGGAGAAUGUCACCUGGAGCAUCUUUGGUGGUGGCUUGAGCCCAGAG